AGUAAUUCAACUAUAAUUCAGCUCACGGAGGAGCUCGCUUCCAACUCCAUCACCGCUUUCACGUAUGGUGUAAAGAACUCUCAGUCAUUCUGUUACCUGAUGUCACUAUCAGCACAUGAGAAGCUAGGGGUAAAAGGACAGCAGGAUGCUCUAAAAACUUCCCCUGAGAACAACUAGGACAAGGGGAUGUAUUUCUAUCAGCCACUAAGGACCUGUAGCCGGAGUUGUGCUGUCCCUGUGUCUCCAGAUUCCCUGGGAACUUGGCUCCAGUGACCCCACUGCCCCCCGAGGUCCAAGCAGAUUCUCUCUUUGCUUGUCAUGGGAAGAAGCGCUGAGAAUUGAUAUUUUCGUAGAUAGCAGAGGAGGUGAAUCCUGCCACCGCCUAAACCUUCCCUUAAGACAGGUAGAAUAUUUCCGGAGAAAAACGAACCAACGUUUUGCUGGCGGAUGUCACGCCCUUCCACAGCCCCUUCCCUCCCACUGAUUCCUGGAGCUCAGUGUCCGUGGAGUGGUAGAUGUUCUCCUUUGUUGCUGGCAUGGCCCCUUUUGCUUAUAAUAUCCAUAAGUGACCUUGAACCUCUAGGCUGCCCCCAAGUGCAGGGGACCCAGGGAGCCAGCCAUCUCCAGCCACCUUGAAGGAUUCACUCUGAGCUCUGACUGGUGGUGACCAGCCGUUUUCCAAGGAGUUGCCCAGCUUCUGAGAUAUUCCUGUUCGUCUCCUGAAAGAUGCUACAGGGCUGGGACCUGCCGCCUUGUAGCCUCAUCUGACGGUCACCAACCCUAACUUCCAGGUGGCCCUUGAACUCAAGGACUUCUGUAUCUUUGGCCUUGGCUUGCUUCCGGUUCCUCUAUGGAAUGUCCCAGGAUGUCAUAAAAUGUCAAGUAAUUGUUUAAUCUCCACCAAGGGGUGGCAUUUGAACCGUCACAUGUGAGAGGGACACGCCUGCCAGAGCUAAAAAGAGACUUGGCAUACCCUGCCUGGCAUGAGGGCAGCUGGGGAUGAGUAGCCACUCGACAUUGACUGGCGGUUCCUCCCCACCGCGGUUCCUAGCAGCCGUGCCUGCCCGAGGGUCCAGCCCUUACAUUUGAAACAGCCUUUAAGAAGAGGGGCUCCUGAGUGCUUUGAGACGUUAAAAGAAAUAGGAAGGAGCAGUGUACGGAGGGUAGUAAACGGGCUUCCUUCUCACCAAACAAAAGUACAGCAAGCAUUACGGUCAGAGGGAUCCAGGCGAGGCAGGAGGAGACAGCUGGAUGGUGGAUUGUCACCGGUGCGAACACGUGACUGAGGAUGGAGAUGCCCCGUGCCCUCGUGCCCUCGGGCACCGAGUGGGUGUUCUAUUUGAACAAGAAAAACUUAAGCCUUGCUGGAUUCCCGCGUCAAAGAAUAGUUCCAAGCUUUCAGAAAGAGUUCUUGCUUGAAGACAAAGAACCGCUUGCUAACCACAAAAGAGGAAUCGAUGCUCAGCUUUUAGCUGCCCUCCCUAAAGUUGCAGAAUUAAGAAAAAUCUUUGAACCAAAGAGGAAAGAAUCUUCAGACAUGAAAAGAAAAGAAAGAAUUGCCAGGCGCCUAGAAGGAAUUGAAACUGACACGCAGCCCAUCCUCUUGCAGAGCUGCACGGGCUUAGUGAGUCAUCACCUGCUGGAGGAGGACCUGCCCAGAUACACGCGCGCCACAGACCCAGCCAGCCCUCACAUCGGCCGAUCAAAUGAAGAGGAAGAAACUUCGGAUUCUUCCUUAGAAAAGCAGACUCGAUCCAAACACUGCACAGAAUCCUCGGGCAUCCAUGGUGACCCCCCCUACGGUUCCAGCAUCAUGGACACCCAGAGCCUAGAGUCCAAAGCCGAAAGGAUCGCCAGGUACAAAGCAGAGAGGAGACGGCAGCUGGCAGAAAAGUAUGGGCUCACCCUGGACCCAGAAGCCGACGCCGAAUCUCCAUCUCGAUACACCAAGUCCAGGAAGGACCCUGAGACUGCUGAGAAAAGGGGAGGAAAAAGUGACCGAUCUGCCGAGUCCAGCAAAGAUCCGGGCGCUUCCUACUCCAGGACCGAGGUCCCGGGGCUCAGGAGCUGCAUGGCUGAGUCCAAGGACCACGCCCUCCACCGGCGCGAUGGUGUUUCCGACGCAGAGGUGCUGCUCAACGUAGAAAACCAAAGACGAGGUCAAGAGCCCAGUGCCACGGGGCCAGCCCAAGACCUGCUCCCCGCGGGGGAGGGCUCCUCAUCCUUCCCGUUCUCCGGGCGAGACUGCGCCCUCGGUGAAGUGCCAAGGUCCCCAAAGCCAACGCACAGCCUGCCCGGCCCGUCACCUGGGCAGCCGGCCUCUCCGAGCCACUCCACAGGUGACCUGCCGCUCCCCGCCGAGGCUCGAGCCAGUACCGGGAAACCCAAACAUGAGUGGUUUCUCCAGAAAGAUUCCGAAGGGGACACACCUUCACUUAUCAACUGGCCUUCCAGAGUUAAAGUUAGAGAAAAACUGGUGAGAGAGGAGAGUACUCGCAGCAGCCCUGAACUUGCCCCUGAGCCCUUAACUCAGAGGAGACAGCAGCCAGCGCCAGGCCAUCACCUGGCCUUUCAGUCAGAGAACUCAGCCUUCGCUAGGGUCUCGGGCAAGGCGGCCAGCUCUGCACGACGGCCCAUCCACGGCUACGUCCAGCCGGCAGAUGCCAGUCACGCCAUCACGCCGGCAACCUCGGACACCCCAGAAAGCGCAUCCGAGUACAGCUGGGCGGGGUCAGCCAGCCAGACUGUCACAAAGCCUCCCCCCUCGAAGGUUCUAGAAGCUGAGAGAAGAGAUACCCCGGUUCUCCAUAUCUGUGAAUCAAAAGCAGAGGCCGACGCGCUCUUCUCUGAAGCUCUGGAGAAAAGCAGGAAGGCGCUUUUGGCUCUGGAGGAUCGUGGGCCUGGGAGAAGCCAGGAAGACCCCUCUGGAACCCAGGACUCGGGUAAGCCCGCUACUAGCACAGUCACCUCGGAAGCUCAGAAGGAACCAGAAAGCCUGGCCCGCCCGCCUGCAGCUCAGCAGCGCACGGAGAGGAUGGGCCGAAGCGAGAUGGUCGUGUAUGUUCAGAGCGAGUCUGUGUCCCAAGGCCACAAGAAGGAGGCGGAGGCCGCGAGGAAGCGCAGGGCCCUCACCCGCUCGCUGUCUGACUACGCGGGCCCGCCUCAGCUGCCGGCUCCGCAGCCCAAGGCCCCGGCUUCCAGGCGAGACCCAGAGCCGCAGACUUCCAAGGCUGAGGCGGAAGUGGGCCUGCUGGACACGAAGGUCUCCGUCGCCCAGCUCCGCAGUGCAUUCCUGCAGUCAGCCAGGGCCAGCAAGAGACCCGAGCUCCAUUCACGGGUCGAGGGGUCAAGCGAAGGCGCUGGCUUGCCUACCAGCGUGGAACGGGAGAGAGGGUCCCGGAAACCAAGACGCUAUUUUUCUCCUGGUGAAAGUAGAAAGACUUCUGAGAGAUUUAGAACUCAACCCAUAACCUCAGCAGAACGAAAGGAAUCAGAUAGGUCAACUUCAAAUUCAGAAAUGCCAGCUGCCGAGGACGAGGAGAAGGUCGAUGAGCGAGCCAGGCUGAGCGUCGCCGCGAAGAGGCUGCUCUUCAGGGAGAUGGAAAAGUCAUUUGACGAGAAGAACGUUCCCAAGCGCCGCCCCAGGAACGCAGCCGUAGAGCAGAGGCUGCGGCGUCUGCAGGACCGAUCCCACACCCAGCCCGUCACCACCGAGGAGGUGGUCAUUGCAGCCACCGAACCUACCCCUGCUUCGUGCUCUGUGGCCACCCACCCUGUAAUGACAAGACAUCCUAGUCCCACUGUAGCUAAGAGCCCCGGGCAGCCUGCCAGAUUGCAGGCGUCUGCUCAGCAAAAGGCAUUAGCCAGAGACCAGGCAAACGAGGGCCAAGAUUCUGCUGGGCAAGCAGAGCCUGAUCUCUCCACCCUGAGCUUAGCGGAGAAGUUGGCCUUGUUUAACAAACUGUCCCAGCCGGUCUCAAAAGCGAUUUCAACGCGGAACAGAUUAGACGUGAGACACAGGAGGAUGAAUGCUCGCUAUCAAACCCAGCCGGUCACGCUUGGAGAGGUGGAACAGGUGCAAAGUGGCAAGCUCAUCCCUUUCUGCCCCACUGUUAACACGUCUGUGUCCACCCCGGCAUCUACCGUCACCCCCAUGUACGCAGGGAAUCUUCGGACAAAGCCGCCUCUGGACGACAGCUCCGGUGCCGCUGAGCAGAAGUUUCCUUCUUCGCUAGAAAGUUCAGACUCUCCAGUCAGAAGCGUCCUGAAAUCCCAAGGCUGGCAGUCUUCGCUAGAGGCCGGUGGGAGCAAAGGAGUGUCGAGAGAAUCUGAAGAGACAGAAAGCAAGGGAGUCUUGACAGGUGGAGAUGGUGGUGUUACAAAGUACGGGUCCUUCGAGGAAGCAGAGCCACCCUACCCCAUGCUUAGCAGAGUGCGGGAAGGAGAUGGCCGUAAGGAACCCAUCUAUGCUGUUCCGAGAAAGGGAAGCCUGGAGCUCGCCCAUCCUCCCGUGGCUCAGUUCGGUGAUGAACCGAAGGAAUUUUCCACUGCACAAGGCACCGCACAGGGGAGCCCGGAGUGGAAGGACAGGCAGCUCUUUGAAGAGAAGGUGGACGUGGAGAAGGUCACGCAGAGGAAGUUUUCGCUGAAAGCAGCAGAGUUCGGGGAUCCCACUGCUGAGCAAGCAGGCGCAGCUGCCGGGAGACCGGUCGCUCAGACUGCACCUCCCGUGUCCUGGAAGCAGCAAGAUCCCUCCGAGCAGACGCAGGAGAAGCCCUAUCGGGGUCCGUGUGCAAUGUUUGCUGCUGAGGAGGUCAAAGCACCGGCGGCGGAGGGCAUCCUCGACUCUCCCAGCAAAACCAUGUCCAUUAAAGAAAGAUUAGCACUGUUGAAGAAAAGUGGUGAGGAAGACUGGAGAAACAGACUUAACAGAAAGCAGGAGUAUGGCAAAGCGGCCGUCACCAGCAGCCUGCACAUCCAAGAAACGGGACAGUCACUCAAGAAGAAGGAAGAAGGAGGAGUUACAGAUGAUAAUGCCAUUUCUAAUCUGCUUUGGGAACCUGUAUAUGCUUCUACUUAUUCUCCUGCUAUACCUGCUGCCCAUAAAUACCUGUCUUUUGUAUCUAUUAAUCAGCGGGUCACAGAAAGUCGAGAGAGCCAGAUGACGAUUGAAGAGAGGAAGCAUCUCAUCACCGUGAGAGAGGACGCCUGGAAGACCAGAGGCCGGGGGGCGGCCAACGACUCCACCCAGUUUACCGUGGCCGGCAGGAUGGUGAAGCGAGGUCUGGCGUCCCCCACUGCCAUCACCCCAGUAGCGUCCCCUAUCUGCAGUAGAACGAGGGGCAGCACGCCAGUUUCCAGACCCCUGGAAGAUAUCGAAGCCAGACCAGACAUGCAGUUAGAAUCAGACCUCAAGUUGGACAGGCUGGAAACCUUUCUAAGAAGGCUGAAUAACAAAGUUGGUGGGAUGCAAGAAACGGUCCUCACCGUCACCGGGAAAUCCGUGAAAGAGGUGAUGAAGCCGGACGAUGAGGAAACCUUUGCCAAGUUCUACCGCAGCAUGGAUUCCGCUCUACCGAGAAGCCCCGUGGAGCUGGACGAGGACUUUGAUGUCAUUUUCGAUCCUUACGCCCCCAAGCUGACAUCCUCCGUGGCUGAGCACAGGCGUGCAGUGAGGCCCAAGCGCCGGGCUCAGGCUUCCAAAAACCCCCUGAAGAUGCUGGCAGCAAGGGAGGACCUCCUCCAGGGAUACACGGAGCAGAGGCUGAACGUGGCCUUCAUGGAAUCAAAGCGUAUGAAGGUAGAAAAGAUGUCUGCCAACUCCAACUUCUCAGAAGUCACCCUGGCGGGACUAGCCAGCAAAGAAAACUUCAGCAACGUCAGCCUGCGGAGCGUCAACCUGACGGAACAGAAUUCCAACAACAGCGCAGUGCCCUACAAAAAGCUGAUGCUGUUACAGGUUAAAGGAAGAAGACACGUGCAGACGCGGCUGGUGGAACCUCGCGCUUCUUCCCUCAACAGCGGGGACUGCUUCCUCCUGCUCUCCCCCCACCACUGCUUCCUGUGGGUCGGAGAGUUCGCCAACGUCAUAGAGAAGGCGAAGGCCUCAGAACUCGCAAGUUUAAUUCAGACCAAGAGGGAACUUGGUUGUAGAGCUACUUAUAUCCAAACUAUCGAAGAAGGAAUUAAUACACACACUCAUGCAGCCAAAGACUUCUGGAAGCUUCUGGGUGGCCAAACCAGUUACCAGUCUGCUGGAGACCCAAAGGAAGAUGAGCUCUAUGAAACGGCCAUAAUAGAAACCAACUGCAUUUACCGACUAAUGGAUGACAAACUCGUUCCUGAUGAUGACUACUGGGGGAAGAUUCCGAAGUGCUCCCUUCUGCAGUCAAAAGAGGUACUGGUGUUUGAUUUUGGGAGCGAAGUUUACGUGUGGCACGGGAAAGAAGUCACAUUAGCACAGCGGAAAAUAGCCUUUCAGCUGGCAAAGCACUUAUGGAACGGAACCUUUGACUACGAGAAUUGUGACAUCAACCCCCUGGACCCUGGAGAGUGCAAUCCGCUCAUUCCCAGAAAAGGACAGGGGCGGCCUGACUGGGCGAUAUUUGGGAGACUUACAGAACACAACGAGACGAUUUUGUUCAAAGAGAAAUUUCUCGAUUGGACGGAACUGAAGAGACCUAACGAGAAGAACGCCAGCGAACUUGUCCAGCACAAGGACGAGCCGCGGGCGGAGGUCAAGCCUUACGACGUGGCGCGGAUGGUGCUGGAGCCGCAGACGGCAGCGGGCACCGUGCUAGGCGGGGUCAACGUGGGCCGCGGCUACGGCCUGGUGCCCGGGGGCGACCGCAGGCAGCUGGAGGUCGCCAGCGAGUCGGUGGGCGUCUGGCACAUUCUGGAAUUCGACUACAGCAGGCUCCCCAAGCAGAGCAUCGGGCAGUUCCACGAGGGCGACGCCUACGUGGUCAAGUGGAAGUUCAUCGUGAGCACGGCAGUGGGAAGUCGGCAGAAGGGCGAACACCCGGUCAGGGUGGCCGGCAAAGAGAAGUGUGUCUACUUCUUCUGGCAAGGCCGGCAGUCGGCCGUGAGUGAGAAGGGCAUGUCGGCUCUGACGGCGGUGCAGCUGGACGAGGAAAGGGGAGCCCAGGUCCAGGUCCUGCAGGGAAAGGAGCCCCCCUGUUUUCUGCAGUGUUUCCAGGGGGGUAUGGUGGUCCACUCCGGGAGACGGGAGGAGGAAGAAGAAAACACACAAAGCGAGUGGAGGCUGUACUGUGUGCGCGGAGAAGUGCCCGUGGAAGGGAACUUGCUGGAGGUGGCCUGUCACUGCAGCAGCCUGAGGUCCAGGACGUCCAUGGUCGUCCUCAACGUCCACAAAGCCCUCAUCUACCUGUGGCACGGAUGCAAAGCCCAGGCCCACACGAAGGAGGUCGGAAGGACUGCGGCCAAUAAAAUCAAGGAACAAUGUCCCCUGGAGGCCGGGCUGCACAGUAGCAGCAAAGUGACAAUUCACGAGUGUGACGAAGGAUCGGAGCCCCUGGGAUUCUGGGACGCUCUGGGGAGGAGAGACCGGAAGGCCUACGACUGCAUGCUCCAAGAUCCUGGAAAUUUUAACUUCACGCCCCGCCUGUUCAUCCUCAGCAGCUCCUCUGGCGAUUUCUCAGCCACGGAGUUCAUGUAUCCCGCCCGAGACCCCUCUGUGGUCAAUUCUAUGCCCUUCCUGCAGGAAGACCUGUACAGCGCCCCGCAGCCAGCACUUUUCCUUGUUGACAAUCACCACGAGGUGUACCUCUGGCAGGGCUGGUGGCCCAUAGAGAACAAGAUCACCGGCUCUGCCCGCAUCCGCUGGGCCUCGGACCGGAAGAGCGCCAUGGAGACAGUGCUGCAGUACUGCCGAGGAAAAAACCUCAAGAAGCCGCCCCCCAAGUCUUACCUCAUCCACGCCGGUCUGGAGCCCCUGACCUUCACCAACAUGUUUCCCAGCUGGGAGCACAGAGAAGACAUUGCAGAAAUCACAGAAAUGGACACGGAAGUUUCAAAUCAGAUCACCCUGGUGGAAGAUGUCUUAGCCAAGCUGUGUAAAACCAUUUAUCCACUGGCCGACCUCCUAGCCAGGCCCCUGCCCGAGGGAGUUGACCCUCUGAAGCUGGAGAUUUAUCUCACCGACGAGGAUUUCGAGUCUGCACUAGACAUGACCCGAGACGAAUACAGUGCACUGCCUGCCUGGAAGCAGGUGAACCUGAAGAAAGCAAAAGGUCUGUUCUGAGUCAUGAGAUGCUGGAGGAACCUCUGUUGUCACUUUCAAUACUGCUGGACCAGGAAAAUGGAUGUGGUUUUUUUUUGGAAGCGGGGUAUGGCUAGUCCUUUAAAAAAUAUUUUUUCAUCCGCGUUUUCGAAACCUGAAGCGACCAGCUCUCCUGCUUGUUUGGGAGUUGUGUAUCUUGUAAAUGUUCCAGAAAAGUCUCUGGAAACACACCCUCCACGAUUCGGCAGAUGGCGUCCAUAAGGCAUCCGUAUCCCUACGCGCACUUACGCGGUGGGUCCUCCGCAGCGGCCACGGCACUGCCCUCCUGCUCCUGCUAAGCGUUGCCUAUUGUUUUUUUUUUUUUGGAAGCAGUUCCCUUUAUAAAGUGUUACUUUGAUAGUUUGUGGAUUCUAAAUAUAUAUAUAUUUAUAUAAACACCGUAUAAAUCAAAUAUGUAUUUAACAAAGCAAUAUGUAUUCAUUCACUUUUAAGGUUUUUUUUUGGUGUCAAAAUAAUAUUAAAAGGUAGUUGCUUCUGUUGAAUUAGUUCUGCCACCAACGUGUACCUUCACCCACGUUCAGAGGCGUCUCCUUCAGCGUUAAGUCAGGUCUGACUCGUUCUGAGUGCUGCUUCCGGUGCUAAGAUGAACAAAGAAUUUAUACUUCCAGGCACAGGCCCUUAAGAUCUGUGCAAAUCCACCUUUCUACCUUAAUAUCGCCCCCAAAUGUAUAGUGCCUUGUUUUAUGUACAGUUUAUAUACAGAAAAGUUUGCUCUGCAUUUUUUGACGAUGGUUUGGAACAUUCUCUACAAUUUUACUCUGAAAUGGUAGAAAUUUUAAAAGGAAUCUCAAUUUCUAAUACCUGUUGUUGUAAAAAUUAAAUGUGUCAUUUGGCGAUGGAAGACUCCAAAAUAAAAGCUUCAGAAUAAACACAACUAUGAAUUGA